AUGGAGACAAAACCUGGCCGUGUGGACCCCCAUCGAGACUACCUGUAUGUACUCCGUACUCUGGAUGGAAUAUGGAGUAUGGAGUACUUCGUACAGAUGCCCCCGAUGGACAUACAUACAGACAUCCACAUCGUUCAGACUUUACGGGCUCAAAGCUCCCGCAGUGGAGACUGUCCAAAGCGUCAAAUCCACCCGUAUCCACCUAGCACCCACUACACCUUCACUAUUGUGUACUAA